AUGGCUGAUGAACGAGAUUUCGCCUCCGAGGCACCUGCGCCCCCUCAAAACUACGAUCCUUCUCCCCGCGAUAUGACGGCGCCCCCGAUUUCAAGGCAGGCCUCGAGUCCCGUCGUCCUCCCCUCCCGCGAAGCCCUGGGAUCUGGCUUAUCUGCCUCCUCUACACACUUGGGUCAGAUCAACGCUGCGCGCCGCGGUGUUGGCAGCUCACCACAUGGACAGGCAUCAAUGAGCACAAAAGGAGUAGCCACAUACCGCGGCUUCAACGGGGCAGAUCCCUUUGGCCCAAGGAGGCGGCGCAGCCGGCUCCCUUGCUGGUCGCAUGCCUCCGACUGUCAGCCGGCCCAGCCCUCAAAACUGGCAAUCGUCUCCUGGCGCCCCGGCUGCUGGCCCCGGCCCUUCGUCUCCUCGACCGGGGGCCUGGCGGCGAAGCGUGUGAAGCCGGGUCUGAAACUAUCGGAUAUUACUGGCCCACCCGCUCCUGCCGCAGGCACCGAUCAGAAACAGGGUGAUUCAAACGGAGAAUCUGCGUUUAGCAAAUACUCCGAGUUCAUCGACACGAAAGAAGGCACUUUGAACUUCAAAAACAAGGCUUUACUACACGGAGGUGGCGUCGAAUUUUCAUCAGGUCACAGCUUCAAGAUCUCUCUAGACGAAGUCGAUCGAUUGGAAGAGCUCGGUAAGGGUAAUUAUGGAACGGUCUAUAAGGUCCGACACUCGCGCCCGCAUCUUCGAAAGCCCGGCCUCGGAUUGAGUGGGAUUGUGAGCCGAUCUUCAGGUCAAGACGAACCGAGCCCAGAAUCCGGGUCGACUCAGCUCUCCGGUGUGGUUAUGGCUAUGAAGGAGAUUCGCUUAGAAUUGGACGAAGCCAAGUUUGCCCAGAUCAUCAUGGAGUUGGACAUUCUACACCGCUGUGUCUCUCCGUUCAUCAUCGACUUCUACGGGGCUUUCUUCCAGGAAGGUGCAGUCUACAUGUGUGUCGAGUUUAUGGACGGCGGCUCGAUCGACAAGCUGUACGAGGGCGGCGUUCCCGAAAACAUCCUCCGGAAAGUCACUCUGUCUACCAUUAUGGGAUUGAAAUCAUUGAAGGAAGACCACAACAUUAUUCACCGCGAUGUGAAGCCUACCAACAUUCUUGUCAACAGCAAGGGCCAAAUUAAGAUUUGCGACUUUGGUGUCAGCGGAAAUUUGGUCUCUAGUAUUGCCAAGACGAAUAUUGGUUGUCAGAGCUACAUGGCACCCGAACGAAUUGCCGGAGGCGGGAUGCAACAGUCGGGGGCUCCAAGUGCCGGUACGUACAGUGUGCAGAGUGAUAUCUGGAGUUUAGGAUUAUCGAUUAUUGAGUGCGCCAUGGGCCGAUAUCCAUACCCACCAGAAACAUUUAACAACAUUUUCAGCCAGCUGCAUGCUAUUGUACAUGGAGAUCCCCCAACAUUGCCUGAGGGUUUCUCCGAAGAUGCACACGCAUUUGUCCGGGCCUGUCUCGACAAGAACCCCAAGAACCGGCCAACCUACAACAUGCUACUUCGACACCCUUGGCUCGCACCCCUUAUGCAGCCACCAACGGAGUCAGGUGCUGACAGUGCCCCACCCACCGAGGACUCCAUUUCUGGCGAUGCCGCCUCAUCCGCCAUGACAGCGGAUGAAGAGGUCUCCGGGUGGGUCAACAAGCAAAUCAAGCGGCGAGCAGAGGGCUUGCUCCAUAUUUCUGAGAAGCCCGCGCUUCACGCCGUCGCCCUGGAUAAGGUCGGCACAGGCGCUUCGGAGGGUGGUACGCUUGCUCCGUCGCAAAAUGACUGA